AUGGGAGUUGCUCUCAUUACAAAUUCAGAGCCUCCGGUCGGCUGUGGCUGGUGCGUGCACGUGUGUGGCUCAUUAUCAUUUUCCGUUGCUGUUCUCCAGUGCUAUCUUCAAGGUGAACGACUCUCUAUGAAUUUUCUGCGCGCUGCUACACGUCGAUACUCUGUCAUGUCUGCGUCGAUGAUAUCUUCGGAAUGCUCGCCAUUCACUAAUGCUGUGGUGAGCUCCAUGAGAAAGCUUUACCCGGAGGCAUUGGCAGACAAGAGCUUCGAUAAUACAGGAUUGCUCCUCGAAGCUCCUUUCGACAAAUCCCGGAUACAGAAGAACUCGGUCCUCCUCACAAUUGACCUGACCACAGCCGUUGCCGACGAGGCCAUUAAAAACCGCAACUCGGUCAUCGUCGCAUACCACCCAAUCAUCUUCCGCGGCCUGAAAUCCCUCACCUUCGCCGACACCCAACAACGAUCCCUCCUCCGCCUCGCCCAACAUGGAAUCAGCGUCUACUCCCCCCACACAGCAGUCGACACCGUCCCCGGCGGCAUGGCCGACUGGCUCUGCGACGUAGUGACAGGGAACAUCAACCCCGCACAAACCCCCAAAUCCACCCUCAAAUCCUGCAACUCGAGCAUGUACUCCGCCCCAACCUACCCAGACUCCCCAAUCCCCACCGUCCAAGCCCAAACCUCCGGACCAGCGCACACCAGGUCCACAAUCCACCCAUCCCCACCAGCCUCAAUCCCCGAAGGGUUCGAGUCAGCGGGUGCCGGCCGGCUGGUGACAUUCGCCGAAAACCAGCCCCUCACUACCCUGAUCGACAACAUCGCUCGUGGAAUCGGACUGCCGGGCGGUAUCCCCAUCGCCGUCCCGCAGGGAAAAUCCGUUGAUGAGAUCUCUAUCCGUACGGUGGGCAUGUGUCCCGGCUCGGGAUCGGGUGUGCUACUCAAGGGUGAUGGGGAGCUGCCUGGUCUCCUGUUGACGGGUGAGAUGAGUCACCAUGAGGCUUUGGCUGCUACGGAGCGUGGGUCUGUUGUUAUUUCGCUUUCGCAUACUAACUCAGAGCGUGGGUAUCUGCGUUCGGUUAUGCAGCCCAAAUUGCUGGAUGAGGUUACGAAGCAGUGGGAGCAAAGUGCCAGCCUAGAGACUGGGAAUGACGAGAUUGGUGCUAUCCGGAACCUUGCCAAGGAUCAGGGCGCUGUCGAGGUUUCUGUUAGUGAGGCUGAUCGUGAUCCUUAUGGUAUUAUGAUUUGGCGUGGUAACUAG